AUGAUCACCGACAACCAGCUCUACUCGCUGGCCAUCUUCCUCGGCGCCGCCGCAAUGCUACUGAUCGUCCUCUACCACUUCCUCGAAGUGAACGCGCAAGACGACACAGACUUGGCCCGCGAACUAUCCAGCGACAAGAGCGGGGUCGGGGCCGUCAAGCCGGCACAUUCUCAUUCGCAUUCGCAUUCACAGUCUCAAUCUCAAAGUCAAAUGGGGGAUGAGAAACGAUGA